AUGCGGUUCCGUUCGAUUCCGUACAGAACUUAUAGUUCAAGCUUUGCUGGAAUAACCCCUUCUCAGAUUUCCCAUUUUGCACGGCUUGGCCAAAUAGACAGAGCUCGAAAGGUAUUUGAUGAUUUGCAAAACAAAACAGUUCCUUCUUGGAAUGCAAUUGUGGCUUGUUACUUUCAAAACAAACGGCCACGUGAAGCUCAGAAGCUAUUUGAUAAAAUGCCUGAGAAAAAUACGAUUUCUUGGAAUGGAUUGGUUUCUGGUUACGUUAAGAAUGGAAUGAUUUCUGAAGCGAGAAAAGUGUUUGAUAAAAUGCCCGAGAGAAAUGUGAUUUCAUGGACUGCGAUGGUUAGAGGGUACGUGCAAGAGGGAUUGAUAGAGGAGGCUGAAUUUUUGUUUUGGAGAAUGCCCGAAAAGAAUGUAGUUUCUUGGACUGUGAUGUUAGGCGGUUUGAUUGAAGACGGACGUGUUGAUGAGGCUAGACAGCUUUUUGAUAUGAUGCCAGUGAAGGAUGUGGUUGCCAGCACUAAUAUGAUUGGUGGAUUGUGUUUGGAAGGAAGGUUGAGUGAAGCAAGAGAAAUUUUUGACGAGAUGCCUCAAAGGAAUGUGGUUGCUUGGACUAGCAUGAUUAGUGGGUAUGCAAUGAAUAAUAAGGUGGAUGUGGCUAGGAAGUUGUUUGAAGUAAUGCCGGAUAAGAAUGAGGUGACAUGGACCGCAAUGUUGGCGGGGUAUACGAGGAGCGGUAGGAUUGAUGAGGCUGCUGAAUUUUUUAAGGCAAUGCCUGUGAAACCGAUUGCUGCUUGUAAUGAGAUGAUUAUGGGGUUUGGACUGAAUGGGGAGGUGGGGAAAGCCAGGUUGGUGUUUGAUCAAAAGAGGGAGAAGGAUGAUGGGACAUGGAGUGCGAUGAUCAAGAUUUAUGAGAGAAAAGGAUUUGAAUUGGAAGCGCUUGCUUUAUUUAAUUUGAUGCAAAGAGAAGGGGUUAGGCCAAAUUUCCCAUCCGUCAUAAGUAUUCUUUCCGUUUGUGGUAGCUUGGCAAGUCUUGAUCAUGGCAGACAGAUUCAUUCACAGUUGGUAAGAUCCCAGUUUGAUUUAGACAUAUACGUCUCUUCAGUUUUGAUCACGAUGUAUAUCAAGUGUGGUGAUCUUGUGACAGCAAAAAGGGUGUUUGAUAGGUUUUCGUCAAAGGAUAUUGUCAUGUGGAAUUCCAUUAUUGCUGGUUAUGCACAGCAUGGUUUUGCAGAGAAAGCUUUAGAAGUUUUCCAAGAGAUGUUCUCUUCAGGUGUUGCACCUGAUGAAAUUACCUUUAUUGGAGUUCUCUCGGCGUGUAGUUACACUGGGAAGGUUAAAGAAGGGCUUGAAAUUUUUGAGUCAAUGGAAUCAAAAUAUGAAGUGGAUCCAAAAACUGAACACUAUGCUUGCAUGGUUGAUCUACUUGGCCGAGCAGGGGAGCUAAAUGAGGCAAUGAAUUUGAUUGAAAAUAUGCCAGUGGAAGCAGAUGCUAUUGUUUGGGGUGCUUUAUUAGGUGCAUGCAGAACCCAUAAGAAUUUGGAUUUGGCUGAAAUUGCGGCUAUGAAACUUCUGCAGCUGGAGCCGAACAAUGCUGGGCCUUACAUCCUUCUAUCAAAUCUCUAUGCUUCCCAAAGUAGAUGGAAAGAUGUUGCAGAACUGAGAAAAACAAUGAGGGCAAGGAAUGUGAGCAAAUCACCUGGUUGUAGUUGGAUUGAAGUGGAAAAUAAAGUGCACAUGUUCACUGGGGGAGGCAGUACAAGCCAUCCUGAGCAUGAAAUGAUAUUGAAGAAGUUGGAAAAAUUAGGUGCAUCGUUAAGGGAAGCUGGAUAUUGUCCUGAUGCUAGUUUCGUGAUGCAUGAUGUAGAUGAAGAAGAGAAGGUGCACAGCCUACGGUAUCACAGUGAGAAACUGGCUGUUGCAUAUGGACUUCUGAAAGUGCCAGAAGGGAUGCCUAUUCGUGUGAUGAAAAAUCUUCGAGUCUGUGGGGAUUGCCAUUCGGCAAUUAAAUUAAUAGCUCAAGUAACUGGGAGAGAGAUUAUUUUGAGGGAUGCUAAUAGAUUCCAUCACUUCAAGGAUGGCUUGUGUUCUUGCAGGGACUAUUGGUAG